UGCCGCAGUACCGAGCGGUGGACGACAACUUAAUCAAAUAGAUGUUUGGACAUUCGAAGUGAAACCCGACCUUAAGGGUAUUCGUAUUUCAGCUUGAACCAAUUGCAGCUUCGAUGAGUCAGGUCGCGGUAUAUGUGAGAUGGGUGACUGUGGUGGCCUCCUCCAGUGCCAAGCUUAUGGUACUCCGUCGACCACCCUCGUAGAAUACGCUUCAGACCAAUUCAAUUUGUUCAACUUGGACCUAUUUGAUAUAUCUCUCGCUCGUGGCUUUAAUGUUCCAAUCGAGUUUAGCCCAACUUCUUGCAAGUGCACUAAUGGUAGCAUCAGUGGCGUCACUUGUACAGCGGACAUCAACAGACAGUGCCCGACGAAGCUGAGGGCUCCUGGAGGCUAUAACAACCCUUGCACCGUGUUCGGUGGCGAUCGAUACUGCUGCACUGCCCCACACAGCAGCUGCGGGUCGACAAAUUACUCCAAAUUCUUCAAGAAUCGGUGCCCACAUGUUUACAGUUACCCAAAAGACGGUGCCUCCAGCACCUUUACUUGCCCUGGAGAAACCAACUAUAGUCUCCUCUUCUGCCCUUAG